UUGUCAAAAUCGACAGUUGCGCCGCAGACGGUUACUGCGAUAGAAUUUCAAAUCGCGGCUGUGGCGAAUCCAUAUUUUCCGAUUCCCUCAUACCGAGACUUGCUACGUCAGCAUCGUCUUGUGCGACUGCACGAGUGAACUAAGCGUGAAGCCUAACUUGGGCCAUACAAUUUGACAUGGUGAUCUAAUCCAUCAUUACAAUGUCCAAAGAUUCCUUAGCCGCCCUGUUGGGGGCGAUAUCCCUCGAGGACCAUGAGCAAACCGUGAAGCUUGCGGAAAAUCUACUCAAAAAGUCCUCGUCAGACGCCAAGGUGCAACGCGCGAGAAUAGUAGCGUUGCUGAAUCUCGAUCGUUAUGAAGAGGCCAUCCAAGCCAUCGAGAAGGCGAGUCGGUCGUUUCAGCAAGACUGCUCUUUAGAAUACUCCUAUGCGCUGUAUCGAUGUGGCAGGUUGCAAGAUGCCAUCAACAUAGCUGGAGAUAAGGGCUCGGAAGGAAGUAAGCACCUGCUUGCACAAACGCACUACCGACUCGAGGCAUUUGAGAACUCAGCAGCCCUUUACAAGGAGCUCGCCUCGCAGUCCAACCUUGACGAGGAUGAGGUGAAUGACAUAGUCAUCAACCGCGGCGCCGUUAACGCGCAGCUGGCCUGGAAAGGGCGAGAUGAUAUUUCGCUCGGCCUCGAUGAGGGUGCUGGUCUUGAAUCAUUUGAAGCUUCUUUCAAUGAAGCCUGUGCAUGUCUGGGACGAGGAGAACUGGCCAGGGGCGAAGCAUUGCUAAAGAAAGCACAAGAACUUUGUCUGUCUUCGUCAAUCUUGACGAGUCAAGAGAAGAGUGUUGAGGUGCUUCAGAUCAUGGAACAGAAGGUUUUUGCUCUGCUUCGAGUUGGAAAGGUUGCCGAAGCCAAAAACCUUGCUCUAGCGGUUACGUCAAAAGACGUAUUCGAUCCGUCCCUCCGGAUGAUAAGCCAAAUCAACUUAACCAUUGUAGAGAGUAGCGACAGUAAAGAAAACCCAUUUAUUGUCCACAGGAAGUUGCACGAGAAGACGAAGCUUCCCGCACUCCAGGAGCCAUUCGGUUUCCAGUCGAGUGUGAUCCUCAAGAACAGGCUGAUUGCAAACUCCUUGGUUCAAAAAGGCAAGGAGGCGGGAUAUUUAUCGGGUAGUGACCGGGAGGGUCUUUCGUCGUUUCUCGCCGCGGCCGCCGGGAUCGAAGGCAAAACCAACUCGAAAGUCAUCGAAACCCUCCUACCACGCCUCAACAAAAGCCCCAAAGACCUCGGCGUGGCCUUCCUCGUCGCUCAAUUGUACGUGGAAAUCAAGAACCAUGACCAAGCCAUCGUCAUCCUCGAAAAGCUAGUCCACGCGCUCGAGAAGUCAGGCACCCCCAACGAUUCCGAGAUCCGAUUCGCCCCAGGCCUCGUCGGCCUCCUAACAAACCUCUACCAUCACGCCGGCCGACCCAAAUCCCGCCGCGCCGAGUUCGCCAACUACGCCCGCCAUAUCCAGUCGACGCAAUCCCUCUCCAGCGCCCCCCUCCCUCUCCUCCUCACCGCCGGCGCCGCCCUUCUCGAGUCCUGGGACCGGGACGACCUCGUCCUCGCCGCCCAUCUCUUCUCCGCCGCCCACGAAACCCACCCGACCAGCCGCGCCGCCACCGUCGGCCAAUCCGCCGCGGCCGCGGCCCUCUCUUCGACGACCCCCAGCGCCUCCUCCGCCCUCCGGCCCAUCUCUGCGCUCAUCGCCGACAUCUCCACCGCGUCGCUCGAAGCGGCCGGCGUCCCGCUGACCAAGGCUCCGAUCGCUACGAAGCGCGCGCGGGACGAGAAGCCGACGACGAAGGCGACUAAGCGGAUCCGGCCGAGUCGGAUGCCGAAGGAGUUUGUGGAGGGGAAAGUCAUGGAUACGGAGCGGUGGCUGCCGUUGCGGGAUCGGUCAUAUUGGAAGCCGAAGGGACGGAAGGGGAAGAAGAAGGCGGAGGGGCUAACGCAGGGGGGUGUGGAGGAUGAGGGGGGGCAGCAAGGAGGGGGGCAGGCGGGGAGUGUUGUUGUGGGGGGCGGGGGUGGGGGGAAGAAGAAGGGAAAGAAAGGGAAGAGAUGA